AUGGAGCGGCGUAAAAUUAAUUUUACGGACGAGGAGCGCACCAUCCUCAUGGAUCUGAUGGAUAGACACCGCGAUGUGCUUGAAUGUAAAAAAACCGACGCGGUGUCUAUCCAUGCAAAGAAAAAGUGGGAGAAGUUGGCCGAUGAGUUCAACAGCAACCACAACGUGCGGCCACGAACGUCGAAGCAGCUGAAAAAAUGCUGGGAUAACUUAAAGGAGAAGUUGCGCCGUGCGAAAGCUGAAGACACGCGUGAACUCUUCAAAACAGGUGGUGGCACUCCGGCGGAAAGCCAAAUGAGUGACGAGUUGCGGAGGGUUGGUGCGGUGGCAUCACAUAUGGCCACAAGUCUGGCAAACCCCUUUGACAGCGACCGGACGGGGCCUGGAGUGGAGGCCACACCAGCUGUAGCAGCACUGCUGGCUUCGUCGCAGCCGGGACGAAGCACUGAUGCAGAUGAUGCCGACAUGCAGUGUGACGACUUGUGGCAAUGGGAGUUGCCACACACCCAAGAUGAAGUGGCCAUGGACGAUCCAGCGCCACAAAGUGGUGAAGCUGCUCGGCCAGUUAGCCAUCAAACAACUCGGCCAGCAUCACCCCCAGCUGCAGCUGCGCCAAGUGAAGUUCUGCCAGCUGCUGUGGCAACGGUGCCACCAGCCCGCCGUGAAAGGCGAUUAAAUGCUAGCCGGCCGUCCAGUUCGACGGAUGACGCCGUGAAAGGCGAGCUCGUUGCUCGGCUUGCUGCCAUCUCAAAAGAUGCGCAGCAAAAGAGCAAAGAGCACUUUCUUCGCAUGAAGGUAACUCGUAAGGACCAUGAACUUCGCAUGCAGCUCGCUCAUGAUGAGCAUAAUGACAGAUUGCAGAAAAGAGAGGCAGAACAUUCGCAAGUGAUGGAAAACUUAAAAGCUAAAAAGGCCCUUAUUGAGCUUAAGAUAAAGCUUCUGCAAAAAUAAAACGAAUAAGGCAGAACAAAAAUAUUUCAUAUAUUGGAAAAAAAAAAAGGUGUCUUAACCCUUUGCGGUCCGAAACUUUUACCCACUUUCCGGCUGUUCCAGUCCGAAACUAUUUUGCCAGUUUCUGGCGCCGCUAACAAAACCACCAACUGUGGAAGAAAAACUCUCAGGAUAUUUAUUUUUCUCUUGCAUUCUGCAGGCAACUCCUCUACCAAUAUUUGAGCAGCGUGUGAUACCGCUCGGAGCAUUCUCCUGGGUGCAGGGCAGGGUUGUUACUGCUGGUUUUGCAGAAAAACACCGUUUCCCUCCUGCCUCCGUUUGUUUUUCGAUCGCUACAAGCGGCACAGUCCUUGCUGCUUCGGCCUGGGCACUUGUAGAUGAAAUGGCUCCUCCCAUCUAGCAUUUCCUCGUACUCCUUCCGCGCAGACGGGCCUCGCUUUUUGGCUCUAGCCCUCACGUCACCCACCAGCUGUAGGGUGAGGUUGCGGCGGUACUGCAGGUGUCGCUGUUCUUUCUCACCAUGAUUCUGCAGCUGUGUGCGCCUCAACAUAAAGCUAUUGACAAUGGAAACCCGUAGAAGCUUUCAGUAAAUGCACCACCGUAAAACGCACGCGGUGAAAAUGUGGUCAUGCUCUCAGCGAACUGCGCGAACGUGCUCUUGCGCGCGCAAGUGAGAACUCUGGUAUCCAGAAGCCGUGCUGUACAUUGUGCUGCACCCUAGUGCAAAAAUAAGUAAACUUCAACAAACAAACUUUAUUUAUCCCUCAAGAGAUGGCGCAUCAUGUAUACAAAGAAUGCGCACCGGUCGCAGUAAAAAAAAACCGCGCAAUUUAACCCCCGAACACCCUUGUCGGGAGCUGCCUGACAGCGGACCGCAAAGGGUUAAUGAAAAUUUUAAAAAUAUAGGAUUUUAUGGUGCCAAAACCACCAUCUGAUUAUGAGGCAGCCGUAGAGGGGGACUCCGAAAAUUUUUACCUACUGAGGUUCAUUAUCAUGCCCCUAUAUCUAAGUAGACGGGCAAUUUUGCAUUCUACCACCAUCACAAUGAAUUAGCUACUGCAGCUUGGAUAGAACCUGUGACGUCAAGCUCACCAGCCCAACACCAUAGCUACUGAACUACUGCCAGUUUAUUUACGUAGUAGUCGUGCUCUCUCGUUAUCCUCGCACUGUAUUUGCAGCGUCAGCGCAUGAUUUGGUUGAAAAAUGGCAAUUAUAGAUGUCAGUGUCGUUUUGCUGCCAUUCAGAAACAGCUUCGUGUGAAGUUCAUGGUCAUCACGAGUAAACUUCAUGCUUCAGAAAUUUGGACCACCUGGGGUUCUUUAACGUGCACCUAAAUCUAAGUACACGGGUGUUUUCGUAUUUCGCCCCCAU